AAUUUCCGCCAUGAAAAUAUGAAUUCUAGAUUUUUAAAUAAUUAAUUCAAUUAUUUGGAUAGUAUUGAGUUAGAUUCCAGUAGUUAUUUAAGAUCUAAUGGGUUAAAUAUUGCCGACCUGAAAGAGAGACAUACAUCAAGAUAAAGGAUAAAAUUUUAAAAUGGAUGAUGUUAUUGACCAAAAGCCAAUGUCAUCAGUAUUAUUGGGUGGAAAUUUAUCUCAGUCUUACUAUGUGUCUCCUGAUCAAAAAGAAUUUAACAUUGUUAUGCUAGAUCAUUGUUAUUCUAAGCCAUGGGGAGCUCAUCCUGAUGCCAGUAAUGCCCAACCUAUGAGAACUCUUUAUAUGGCUAAAUUCCCAAGAAAUCCUAGUCCAGCAAAUACAGUUAGUCAAUAUGAAGAAAUAAUAGAUGUAGUAGGAACUGAAUCUCCACCUGUGUCAGUUGAUCUAACUAAAGCUCGUGGUUUAAUGAGUGAAUGUGAAAGACAUGUUAACUUUGCUAGAAGAGAAGAAUGCCCUGAUGAUUGGGAAGAAAACAUUUCAAGGACUGGCUGGACUAUGCAACAGAAUCGUUUAUUUACAAAAGUGAUGAAAUCUUUACAAGCUGACAGACAAGCCAGAUUAACAUUUGAAGGGGUGCAAAAUGAACCAAUAAUGAGAAGAAACAGUAUUGAUAAAACAUCUAAAAGAAUUCGGCAGGCUUUGGCUAGUUUUGGUUGGGAUAUGAAAUUGGCACAGUGGUUGCAUAACUUUCUGGUUCAUAAUCUCAGUUUACAACUGUUAGCAGCAUAUUUAGAUGUUUUACAGACAUUGAAGUCAAAGAUACCUGAGUUGAUAGAUCGUAUGAUUAGUGACAGUGGUAGUUCUAUGAGUCAAGUAGAAGCUGAUGGAUUAAAUCUAUUACUAAAGAGACCUUGGGAUCCUGUUCAAUCAGUCAUACUACAGGAGAAACUGAAAAAGUUACCAGGAAGCCCUCUGCUAUUGUUAGCACCAAGUGGUCCCACAUCCACCUCAUCUCCUCAAUCAAAACGUAUGAAACUAUGGCAGUCACAGUUAUCAUCGCUAGGGAAGGUUAUACCAGUAACUAUGCAUACACCAUCUGGUGGUAGUGGUGUCAGUAUUACACAGUGUUUAGAACAUAUGAUUGGUGCUGUUAAAGCUAAGGUUUUAGAGUUGAAGAACCAUUUCCCUAAUAAGCCAAUAGUUUUGAUUGGUUGGAAUGUUGGAGCUUCAGUGGCUUGUCAGGUAGCAUCAACAGAAUUAGUAUCAGCUGUAGUGUGUUUAGGAUUUCCUUUUACUGGUGUAAAUGGUAGUCGUGGGGAUAUUGAAGAUUCUUUACUAGACACGAAAAUUCCCACAUACUUCGUUGUUGGACAGAAUGCUAACACCUGUAUACUAGAUGAUCUAGAUUAUCUAAGGGAGAGAAUGCGGGCUGAAACAGGUUUAUUAGUUAUAGGAGGUGCCGAUGAUCAACUACGAAUGUCAAGAGCUAAGAAAAAACAAGAAGGAGUAACCCAAGCCAUAUUAGAUCGCAAGAUAACGGAGAAUAUGUGUGAAUUUCUGGGAAAUAUUCUGACCAGAUCCUCAACACUUAUUGAACCAGUUGAAAUGCCAGAAACUGAACAGAAACGGAAAUAUAAACGCCGUAAAGGAGUAGAUGAUUAUAUGACGAGUGCUAAUUUUUUAAAUGAGGCUGAUUAUACUAGUAAGAGUAAGAUACAGAAAGGGAAAAUUGGUACAUUAACAUAUAGUGGUAUAGACAGUUUAACAGAUGCUAUGUUUAGACCAAGUGGUUUUACAAGUUAUAAACUACAGUAUCGUAAACCAUCUCCUACCAAGAAACGCCCAGCCAGCACCCAGUUAACUAACAUGCCUAAAAAGAGAAUGACACUAACAGCAAGGUUAGCUUCUGUUAAAAGCCCAGUACCUUCCAUGCAACCAUCCCAGCUUGUUCCAGGUGCCACUGAACUUUCUGGUCUUUUACAGAAAAUGAAAGGAACCGAAGACAUAGAUCAGGACAGUACAAAGUCACGCAUUGUUACAUCUAGUCCAGUAUUAUCAGGAACAAAUUCUUUAUCUAAAAUUCUUUCUGCUGCUGCUCUAAAAGCAAGUGAAGCAAGCAGUCCUUCAUUUAGUACAUUGGGUAACUCAACGCUUCUUGCAUCAGCCAUUAAGAGUCAUAAUAUUCCAGAAGAAUCGCAGAUUUCCCCAGGAUAUAAGUCUAUGACUUUAAAACAAGGAACAAGCGGUCAACAUCAGAUUUUAGUUCGUACUGGAAACAAUUCACCUAUUUCUAUUCCUUUAUCCAUGGCACAAAAACUAGUGUCAGGUUCAUCUUUAGUUCACAUCACUACAGCAACAACAGGCACAUCCCAGAUACAUCAGCUAUUAAGUAAAAUGAGUCGAUCACAAGCUAAUGUUAAUCCCAUGUCAGCAUCAUCAACUGUAUCAUCAUCCAAUUCUGUCCUAUUAUCAACAUCAUCAUCUAUACCUACAUCUGUUUUAACCAGUUCAUCUCAAACUGUUAUGUCAUCAGUAUCAACAUCAACCAUAGACGAGAGUUCUUCCGAUUCAGUUUCAGGUCGAUUAAUGGUUUCCAAGCAAUCUACUGAAAGUCCACAAGUUCAAGCAAUACAGAAAUUACAAUUCCAUGACUUUCCUUUAACUACAGCUACCUUUACUAGGAAUUUUUCCAAUAGUGGUGCCAUAGUUACGCAAGCUAAAAUACUCUCUAAUAAAAUAGACAUUGGUAAACUCUCGAUGGCCGAUAUUACUCGACUCACAGUUCCUGCUAAUAGAAGUUUAAUUAAUAGAAGUCCUGUUACUGUAACAAUACCUAAAAUGACAACUAGUCCUAGAGUUAUCCCCUCUUCCUCUGUUGGCAUGACAACUGCCAGUAAUUUAACUAUUAGUUCUACCAGGCCUGUUAUUAUGACAGUGAAACCCGAAUCAAGCCAGGCAUCAGGUGAAACAACAAAAUUUGAUGAAAUGUCAAGUGUUAGAGACUUGGUCAAAAUACCACCAGCAGUACCCACUACAAUGUCGGUUGAAUCUGUAAAGCCAGUAAACAUAGAGGCAGAACCUCCCACAGUGUUACAAGUUGAUGAUCUUGAACAAUCAAGAAGUGCUACUCCAUCUAGUACUAGUGGUUGUCAAACAACUGACCAAACAAUGAAUGAUGACCAACCAUCAUCUUCACCAUCUACACCAACAAUAUCAUCCACACGAACCAGGAGAAUAAAAACACCUAGACAAUAUGAUGCUUAAGAAAUAUUGAAUGUAGUGUAUUUGCAUUGAGGCAUUUAUUGAGUGAAAUGGAUGACAAUGUGCAAUAAAUCUCUUUAAUUUUUAGCUACAUGUAUCAUUAGCUAGCAAAGUAAUUAAAUUAAAUCAAUCAUGAUCAGUGUCCCUGCUAAUAAAACAAUGAUCUAAUUAUUUGAAUGAUUGUAUUCAUAUUGAAAGAAGACACUAAGUUAGUGAAAUUAGUUACCAUAGACAUUUUUGCUGUCCAUUUGGAUUAUUUAAGUACUGGUACAAGUGUAAAAGGCAAUGAAAGUGGGUUUUAUAGAUAUUGUUUCAACAUGGAUUAGAAAUAAUAAGAGCGAACACCUUGCCCUUUUCUCUUUAAUAUUGUCUGUUAUCAAUCCCCAUUUGGCCAACAAAGUUUUACCUGCCUGUUCUGUAGGAUCAUUAUUUUUUCAAGUAGGAACCCGGGUACCGGGGUAUACAAAAGGUACCCUGCCUUUUUCUGGGGUAUACAUGUAUACCCAUGCCCUAAUGAUGAAAGUUUUCAACCUUUUUACUAGUAUAUUCACUUUUAAAUGAUAGAUAUGUUAUUGCUCUCUGGUCCCUCGCACUCUCAUUAUCAGCUAUCAGUGCAUGCCUUGGCCAGAUGUCUAUAAGUGGUAAAUCGAGGCACUCUAAACCGUGUUCUCAGAAUUGACAAAUUUCAAAAUUUUCUAGAGGCCAGGAAGGGAAAAAAACCCCUGGACCCUUCCUAUCAUUUGGUACCCUGGCCCUCGCGCCGUUCCGGCACCCCUCCCCCUGACUCUGUAAGUCAAUUUUUUAAGCCAAUAUAACUGACUCUUAAAGUCAUUAUAUAGUAUAUUGUCACUGCAGAGGUAAAUUGUAAUAAUCUCAUAUCAGGCAUUACCCCCCAAAAAUACAUAGUGUUGUAUAUAUGAAUAUUAUGUUUAUAUUGUGUAAUUUGACUUGAAUUUACAAGUUCUGUAAAUAAGAAUCUGACUGAAUAUUGUUAAAAAAUAUCUUUACAUGUAUUGGUUAUAGAUUAAAGUGCUAAUAGCUAU